UCGAGCAGAUCCUUCAUCAAUGGAAGCAGAUGAAAUCAUCAACCUUUUCGAUUCAAUAUGGUUUUCAUCCGAAUUCUUCAAAAGUUCAUCAAACCCACAAAGAUCAUCAGCAUACAAAGAGAACCCAUAUAUCCAAAUUCAAAAGAAAAUAGCAAGAUCGGAUCUUUCAAUUCCCCAAAAUCUCAUCUUGCCGAGUUUAGCAAGAUCCAAGAUCAUCGGCAAUUAUCUGUCUCCUGAUUCAGUCUUGCAGAUCGUGUUUUCCGAUGAAGAAGAAGAUAUGAAGAAGAAGAAGAAGGCAAAAUUCAGGGGUCAGAGGAAAAGGGGUAUGACAAAGAGUUUGUCAGAGUUGGAAUUUGAGGAGAUGAAAGGGUUUAUGGAUUUAGGGUUUGUGUUUUCUGAGGAAGAUGAGAAUUCAAGAUUGGUGAAUAUAAUUCCUGGGUUGAAGAGGAGUGUGAAUAAUAAGGUUGAUUCAGUUCAAAGACCUUACCUUUCUGAGACAUGGGAUGAAGAUCUUGAAAAAAUGAAGAGAAUUGAUGCUUUGAUGGGAUGGAAGAUACCUGAUUUCACCAAUGAAAUGGAUAUGAAGAAGAAUCUUAGAAAGUGGGCUAGGAAUGUUGCAUCUAUAAUCAGAUAGCACAAGCCAAAAAUGAAAUUCAGUUUGUGUAUAUUAUUAUGAACACUCAAUUAGUUUUGUUUUGUUUUGAUUCUAGGGCUUGUGAUGUGAUGUGAUUGAUUGUUCAUAUAUGCUGCUCUUGCAUCUGUAUAUGUUAUACAAGAAAAAAGA